CGCCCCUUCCCCCUCAGUCGCCGGCGCGGGGGGGGAGGAUGAGAGGGCGCCGCGGUGGGGCGGGUUCUGCAGCCGUGCUCGCCUGACCUGGCUCGGCCGUUCCCCAGCGGUCCUGCGCGCCGCCUCGCACCCUGCCACCGCCUCGGGGCGGGCUGUCGCGGCGGGUGGAUGCCCAGCGCCUUCCCGCUGCCGCCUGGCGCCUAGCGGGCAACGCCGGGGCAGACACCCGCGGACGCCAUGGGCUGCUGCAGCUCCGCUGCGCAGAGCUCCAAGCGAGAGUGGAAGCCUUUGGAGGACCACAGCUGUACAGAUGUACCAUGGCUGCUUUUGUUCAUCCUCUUCUGUGUAGGAAUGGGUUUUAUUUGUGGCUUUUCAAUAGCUACAGGAGCAGCUGCAAGACUGCUUUCAGGAUAUGACAGUUAUGGAAAUAUUUGUGGACAGAAAAAUGUCAAGGUGGAGGGGAUAACCAACAGUGGCCUGGACCUCACACACAAGAAGUAUAUAUUCUUCUUGGAUCCAUGUAACAUCGAUCUAGUACAUCAGAAGAUCAAGUCCAUUGCUUUGUGUGUAUCAGCUUGUCCAAGGAAAGAACUAAAAACUCUGGCUGAUAUUCAGAAAUUUGCUGAAAAUAAUGGAUCCAGUCUGUGUAGCUAUGAACUACAGCCAUCAGAAUACACUACAGACCCAAGGGCCAACAAGUUAUGUCCUAAAUAUCCUGUUCCAGAGAGUGCACCUAUUCCAUUCUUCCAUCGCUGUGCUCCUGUGAACAUUUCCUGCUAUGCCAAGUUUGCAGAGGCCCUGAUCACCUUUGUCAGUGACAGUAGUGUCUUACACAGGCUGAUUAGUGGAGUUUUGACCAGCAAAGAGAUUAUAAUGGGACUUUGCUUGUUAUCACUAGUGUUGUCCAUGAUUCUGAUGGUUAUAAUCAGGUACAUUUCAAGAGUACUUGUCGGGAUUUUAACCAUUCUUGUCAUUCUGGGAUCACUUGGUGGUACAGGGGUCCUAUGGUGGCUCUAUGCUAAGCAACGAAUGUCUGCCAAUGCUGUUGAGACACAAAUUGCCAAAGACAAUAUUCAGGCCCUUCUGAUCUAUGCCAUUUCAGCUACAGUCUUCACGGUUAUCUUGUACUUGAUAAUGUUAGUUAUGCGCAAGCGAGUAGCUCUCACCAUUGCCUUGUUCCAUGUGGCUGGCAAAGUCUUCAUUCACCUGCCACUGCUAGUCUUCCAACCAUUUUGGACGUUCUUUGUGCUUAUUGUCUUCUGGACCUACUGGAUUGUAGUACUGCUUUUCCUUGGUACUACAGGUAGUCCUGUCCCAAAUGAAGAAGGAUUCGUUGAAUUUCGGAUGGCAGGCCCUUUGAAAUACAUCUGGUGGUACCAUGCGGUUGGACUGAUCUGGAUUAGUGAGUUUAUCCUAGCCUGUCAGCAGAUGACAGUGGCAGGGGCUGUUGUGACCUACUACUUUACGAGGGAGAAAAGGAAUUUGCCAUUAACUCCAAUUUUGGCAUCUGUUAAUCGCCUUGUAUGUUACCACCUAGGAACUGUAGCAAAGGGGUCUUUCAUUAUCACACUAGUGAAGAUACCACGAAUGAUUCUUAUGUAUAUUCAUACACAACUCAAAGGAAAAGAAAACGCUUGUGCUCGCUGUAUGCUUAAAGCCUGUAUCUGCUGCCUUUGGUGUCUAGAAAAGUGCCUGACCUACUUAAAUCAGAAUGCAUAUACAGCCACAGCUAUCAACAGUACAAGCUUCUGCACUUCAGCAAAGGAUGCCUUUGUUAUUCUAGUGGAAAAUGCUUUGCGAGUGGCUGCCAUAAACACAGUUGGGGAUUUUAUGCUUUUUCUAGGAAAGGUUCUGAUUGUCUGCAGUACAGGUUUAGCUGGGAUUAUGUUGCUGAAUUACCAACAAGACUACACCAUCUGGGUGCUACCACUCAUAAUUGUUUGCCUCUUUGCAUUCCUGGUUGCUCACUGCUUCCUUUCAAUUUAUGAAAUGGUUGUUGAUGUCCUGUUCUUAUGUUUUGCCAUUGAUACAAAAUACAAUGAUGGGAGCCCUGGGAGGGAAUUCUACAUGGAUAAAGUUCUCAUGGAGUUUGUGGAAAAUAGUAGGAAAUCUCUGAAAGAAGUUGGCCGGGGAGGUGGAGCUGAGGGCAGAGAGCUAAAACCAAUGGCCUCUGGAGCAAGCUCAUCUUGAAAAUAGCCAGCCAUAUUGGAACCCAUUGACAUUCCAAACCAGUAUAUAUAUAUAUAUAUAUAUACACGUACACAUAUAUAUAUAUAUAUACACAUACAUAUAUAUAAACAGCCAAAAUCAGAGAAAAGGAACAGGGAUUUAAUACUUUUUUUAACAAUUAUUUUUGUGAAACAUGUACUCUUUUCAUACGGGUGGCUUUUACAAGCAGCUUUAUCAUUGUUUCAUUUUUAAAAUUUUUCAUUGUGGUCAUGGAAAAGUUGAUUUUUUCCUGCUUGAUACUUUACAAUCUGGAGGAGUUAUCAUUGUAAAGAUAAUCUGAAAUGAUUACUGGGUUUAGAGGCUGAUUUCCCAUGACACUGCUAAUCUGCUGAGAAUUUUACUUAUUUAGUUUGUUUAAAUUUGCAUUAAAUUCAGGAUAGUUAUAUGUAAGGAAAAUAGUCAGAUGAACAGAAGUCUCAAAUCAAGUUUCUCUGAAGGUGAUUUCAGUGAGAGAUCAUUCAGUUUGAGCGGGUUUGUAAGCUGUUGUUUUACUUUACAGCCCCGUUGGGGCACAAUUUUGUUUAUCAGUAUCAGACAUCACCAUAACUAACUCCUCAGGUAUUCAGGUGUGUGGGAGCCCUUGCAUCUCCUAAUAAACAGAAACUAUAUAAUGGGGACAGAUAAUUUUUAUAUGCAAUUAUCUUCCUGUUUUACCCUAGUUACCCCUCUUACUCAUUGCCCACUAUACUCCUCUUGAGUCAGUAGCCUCCUUCAGAGUUCAGCAGUGCUCAUUUGAAGGGUAUGGAUUCUUUUAUGAGCAAUUGAAAUAACAGAUCAUUAAAGCUCAGUCUUAGCCAAACUCAUGAUUAAUUCAUGACUAGAUGUAAUGAUGCUGAGGGUGGGAAGAGAAAUGAACUGCACUACUGUACAAGAAAGUAUUGUAUGCUUCAUUUCAUUUAAAGGCAGAGAGCUUUGGUAGGUGUAAGGGACCAUUCUCUGCCUGUUGUUUAACCCAUAUUUGUAUGUACUGUAGCAGGUGGCUAAAACAGGGAAAGAGCAGAGAAACAUUUCUUUGGAAGUGUAACUGCCAGGAUAGUUAUCUGAAGUUAUCAAAUAAAAACAAGAGAACAUGCUUUUUAUUAUUAAUCUUAGGUAUUUACAUUUCUUUUCAGUCUGAAGGUUCCCCAGAUAUGAAUGGUAAUACUCAGUUCUUCAGCAUAAUGUAAUGAUAAAUGCUUGAAAGUGUAUUUGCUAAGAAUUCAUGAUCUGUCUAUGCUAUAUAAUGCUUUUGUUACGAUUUUUAAAAGAAAAUUAUUUUUAUUAAUGUAAAGUUAAUAUUUCAGAGCAGAAUUUUUAAACUUGUUGCACUAAAGAGAAGCUCUGUACAAAUAAAUUAUGCCUCAAUGAUUCUGUCAGUCCAAGAAAAUAUUUUGAAGCAGAAGAGCCCUUCUACAGAAGCUUUGUGAUGGAAUGGAGAGGUAUGUCUAGGUAGGGACACUCACAUCUCAUGUUAUUGAGGUUUGAUAAGUAAGCAAGUCUCUGUGCUUCCUUCCAGAGGAUCCAGGCUUUUAAAUUGCUGUAGAAAGUUUAAAAAAUACAUAGUGUCAUGUAGCUAACCAGUGCUCUUGCCUUUUGGCAAUAGCGAUAUAUUUCACUUUUGCUUCUAGAAGUAUUUGAUUACUUAAGUUUGUUUAGUUUUCUUUCAGUAAGCCAGGAUUUACUCUUUUCAUGUCACAGAAUCCCAAAUGUAUGAAAUGUAUGAAAAUAGAAAUGCGUUUAGAAAUUACAGCUGCUGAGGAGGCGGGGAGACAGAAUUGUCCAGUCCUGUAAGUACUUAGACACUUGCUUAAGUGAACCAUAUAGGUACCUUUGCUGACACCAGGAGGGCUCCCUGAGUAUAGAAGUUGUAAACAUAUCUUCAAGGGAUUCAAAUUGGAGCAUUGUUGAGACCUUUCAGUGCAAGUAAGAGGUCAGACUUGAGAAGCAGCAUUGGAACAGCCGUAAGUUUGUAGAGAGAGGGGAUUCCUACUCUACCGGUGACAGCAGUGGUAUUCAACACUGACAUUUGUGUAGAUCAAUAGUUAGCAACAGAUUAAAAACUGCCUCAUAUAAAUGCUAGAAAAAUGUAUUUCAAAGCUAAGAGACCUGUCACAUGCGCAGUUGCUUCCAGAGAAAUUAAUUUCCAUCUUGUCUGGGAAUUAUUGGAAGUGCUCUGAUUGAAGCCUUGUGUUCUGCACAUUUUGGAGAACAAAUUCCUGCCAUAAACUGUUCAGCAAGUUUGUGUUCUCUGCUCACUGGAAGUCCUGGUGGGGGCUUUUCUCUGAUGUUGCAAGUAGGACUGCAGUUGGGAAAAAAAACCUUGUAUUUUUGUAUGACUUGACUGUUCACCAUUUUUAUAGCAGUUUAUCCUGUUUUAAGAAGAAAUUUGCUUUAUUUACAUGGUGUUUAAAAGAAACAGGCAACACUUUUCUAUGGAUAGUUGUAAUGUUUAAGUGAGUAAUCUAUACUGUUAUGAAGUUCUUAAUAAAAUUGUCUGCACCAUUCUUGAGUGUAUAUCCAGCAUGCAGAGCUUUUCAGUCAUGCCAAAGAGGCAAUAGUUCCACAUGCAGGCUUUCCAGUGGCCAUUUUGAGUGUCCGUUGAAGUUCUAUUGCUACCAAACUACAAGCUGCCCUCAUCCAUUUCUGUCUUGUGCAGUGAGAUAAGCAGAAGAGUGAUGUUUUGAGACAACUUUUCAGGACAUAUUUAGAUUCUGCUUUCCUUCCUGAGUGGAUAGGGGAGCAGCAGGACACUUGACAUGUAAAUCCACAGUUGGCAAUAGAAGUGCUGAGGUCUGAUAGUUGUGAUGGGGAUUUUUUGUUUGUUUUCUUUGUUUGGUUGUUUUUUUUCUGCAACCUGUUUUUUGAAAUUAGUAUAUGGAUUGACUUGUUGGGAAGCAGUCUAGACUGGCUAGAGAGUGGUUCUGCAUUGGGAAUAACACUGCAGGAAGAGUAGGUGAGACAGCUGAGAUGACAGAGAUCACCUCCUUGGACAGUCCACUGAACCAAGCAGUGUUUGCAGGUUGGAGAUUCAGACUGGACAGUUGAGGUUUAAAAAUCAAGUCAGUGGGAUUACAGGUUCUCAGCAUUUGGUUUCUGCAGAUGGUCAGCAUCAUAAUAUCUGAUCCGCUAGAUUUCAAAUUAGACAAAUGAUGGCAUACUUUAAAUUGUUUGUUUCCCACAACAUUUUCCUUUGUGUUCUGUUUGGAAGCUGAGCAGCAGCUUUUUUGCUUCUUACAGCCCUAGAUAAAAUUUUCUAUUCUUUUAGCUCUCAUUUCUGUAUUGCGUUUUAAGCAUAGGAAUGCCAUGUGACAUUGUCACUUUCUGAUAUAAUGAAUCAGGAUAUUACCCAGUCUAAAUGGGAAUCGGGGAGUAGGUGCUGAGUUGAAGUUUUGAGGUGAGUUUUUUUGUAUGAUACCAUUUCAUGAUACCACUACUUUCUGUGGUUAGGAGUGCAGCCCCAUCACUUUUCAGUUCCACUGCUGCUCCACAGAUAGAAUAAAUGCAUGGACUGGCCAGCUUAGAAUUGAAACUUCAGCCUGCCAGUCACUCGUGUUCACACUUCCAGCUGCCAAAAAAAAGAAUAGGAUUUUACAUGUAGCCUUAGCUUGGCAUGGUAAUGUAAGGACUUGUUUAAUUAAGAAAGCAUGUCCUAGAAGGGAGAACUUAAAGUGAAAAAAACAGUUACAUGUUGUUGUGAAAGUACUUGAAAGGCAAAAGCAAGAAAUCUCAUGCUUCAAGGUAAAGACAGUCCAUUAGGUAGAGGAGAAAAAACAGAGAAAGAAACUCAAGUGACAGCAAGGCAGGCACUCAUCACCUCCCACCAGGAGUCCAAUGCCCAGCAGGUCUCUAAGUAGUGGCUAAGUAGGGAAACUUUACUCCCCUUUCCCUCCUUCCUCUGUAACCCUUCCAAUUUUACUGCUGAGCAUGACAUUAUACAGUAUGGAACAUUUCUUCAGUCUGUUCAGGUCAGCUGUCCAGGCUGUGUGCCCUCCCACCCUCUUGACCAACGCUAGCCUACUCUGAUGGGAUGGCAGAAUGAAAAACAGAAAAGGCCUUGACCCUGGGUGUGCACUGCUCAGUACUGGUGAAACCCUGUUAUGUUAUGAACACUUCUGAUUGCAAAUCUAAAACCAGCACCAAAUGGGCUGCUCUCAAAAUUAAUUCCAUCCCAGCCUAACCCAGUAUACAGGUCCACUUACCCAAGAGUUAAUCCAAGACUGCUCCCUGCAUUUCUGUACAGCACCUUCUCAGGGUGGUUACUUCUUUCUGAAAGGGCUUUUUCAGCAGCAGGCAGUUAGCCUGCUCCAUAGUGCUCCCUUUCAUGGAGGGAGCAGGGGAUGCUAGCUCUUACUCUUUCAGCACAAAAUGGGGAUAUGAAACAGAAACGAGCCCUUUCUGUGUCAGUGUUCUGGUAAUUGAGCAGCCAAUGUUGGAGACAACAUACUUAAUGUGCCCUCAAGGCCUACACUUUAGUGGCUUGCUCUGAGUGGUUAUGAUGUAUUCUAUGAAUGUAUGUUAUAGAGUCAGAAUAAAAUGCAUGUAGCAGACAUAUACUCAUCAUCACCAUCCAGUGAUCAUUUGGUUCUGAGUGCAUAUUACAUGCUGUAUUGAACAUGGCACUGUCAUUUUAAGAGACUCUUUAAGAUUUAAAAGUAGAUAACUAAAGAGAAUUCUUGUUUUUUAAAUCAUGGCUUUGCCUGUGCAGAUACUGUUUACUAAAUCUGAUCAUAAGUCCGCUGUUUCUUGAGCAGUUUGUGUGUCACAUUAUCACAGAAAUGCUAUUUCAUCUUUGUGGAAGAAAAACCUUGUGUUUCCCAAAACAAAACCAAACAGACUAUUUGAAGCAUUUCUUGCAUUCAGCUUGUUGGGAUGAUGGAUGUAUCUCAUUUUCAAAUGCUCUUUCAGCUAUUUCAUCUCUGCUGUUAUUUCCAUCACUUAGCAGGAGAUUAUGGACACUAGUAAAUUUCUAGUAUUUCUUGUGUUCUGUAGAAAAUACUGUUCUCAAGGUAUUUUUUCUUCUGUAUUUAGAGAGAUGAGAGAAGAGAUGAAAUUUGUCUCUUGUGAUGUGGGUCAUGUAUAAAAGGCAGGAUUUCUGGUCUGGGAUGGAGCAGUGAUGUGUCUUGCAGUGCUUGCAAGCUGAUGCAGUCAAGCCAAAUCUCUUAAAAACAUGAAGAUUAUGAAGAUAUUUCUAGGGAAAAUAGGUAGCAUGAAUCCAUCUAAAAAUAGCCAUUUGGAGGCUAAACUACCUGGCAUUCAUUUGGCAGAGAUCAGUUAAAACAGAACUAGCAGAAGAACAGCACACACCAUCAGAUUCUGCUCCCCUACUCAGUGAAGUGAUAAGUGAUGUGUAAGUUUGAUAAGCAGAAUUUGGAGGCUUAAGCAGUUGGUACUUUUUUGUUAAAAUAUGGGAUUAAUAGUGGAACAAAAGUUGCAAGAAUUCAAAGCAAAUGUGCCAGCUGACUGUAGCAGAAAUAGCCUAAUUGCAGAAAUCAUAAAGACAUCUGGCCCCUCUAAGUCUGUGACAGAAGAUGCUGGCAGCAUAGCUGGCUACCAUUCCUCAGGUGGACCCCUGCUCCCCUCUGGCAUGAAUGAAAGAGGGGCAGCUAGGGAGUAUGUCAGAAAGGCUUAGUGAGAUUAGGAAGCUCAUUACCCUUAAAACCUAUGAGAAGUUUUUCAGAGACUGGAUAUCCUUUGAAAGUCAUGAUUUUUAACUCUCAAAUACUGCACGUGCUCCAGUUUUAGUAUUAUUUGAGCAGGGUCCCUCCCUGCUCAAACUGAAAAGGGAAGAUUCUCUCUCAAUAGAAGAACAGUGCUUUGGUCAAUAGGUAGUAUCUCCUAGGGGAAUGAAGGAGGAGGAAACAGAAAGGCUGUUUUGUUUCUGAUGUAGACCAGAAAGCAGUUGCUAGAGGUUAGAUGGAGCCAUGUAGAGCAUGAUUUCAAAGGUAGAAAAUAUUCUGCAGAAUCUUCACAGUUGUUAAGAAAAUUUUACAUUCCUAGUCACAGAUGCCUCACUGCAACAUCCCCUGUGCACUGCUUUUAUUUAGCUCUGGAGCUUUUCAGAGCAAGAAAGAAAGUAGAAUCCUGUAUCUGUAGAAAGGAAUUACUUCUGUGCAAUGGUUUGUUUUGCUGAAUAUAGCUACUAUCCUAAGGAAAAAAGGACAAUCUUCUGAAUAGGUUUUAAAAGCAUCACAGUACUUGCAUUGUCACAGUCCAUCAAAGCUUCAUCUGGGAAUAAUUUUUCACCCUCUUUCACUCAUACUUGUAACAGGGCCCUGAACUAAUUUAGUGUUUUACAUUGAAUCAAGAUCAACUAACAAGUGCUUCUUUUUUCAGUGUAAUGUCACCUCCUUUGGGAAUGGAAAAAGCAAAUGUGACACUUUAUUGUUGUCUUGAGAACUUGAAAUGUUUUAUACUGCAAGCUGUGAAUGCAGGAAGAGAAGUGAAAUUAACAGUGCUGAUCUAAUCUUAGAUUUUCUGUGUAAACAGACAUUGUGCCAGAAUACUGAUGCAAAACUGUAUUUUAGUCUAAGAAAUGUAUAGAUUUUUUAAUGUAUCAAAAUAAAGUUUUUCUUUUU